UUGUGGGAUGUGGGGUUCUCUGUGUGUGUCUUCUUGUAUUUACUUUUUAGCUUGUAGAAUAGAUGUCCGCUUGUAGGACAGAUGGCGUGACCGGAUCGGUCCUUAUAAGGCAGACAAUGUGAAUGGUGGAAAAGAGAGCACAGGAAAAAUGAAGAUAAAAUUGUAUCUGAGAUAACACACCUGCGACCGAAGGGAGAGCCAGUUUGAACCCAUUUUCAGGGCAAGGCCGAAGGCUGCAGGAGAGAGUACCAGACACUCAUUGUUCGGGGAAGGCGUUUGUUACAGAAGGAUGAACUGGGUUGAACCAACGUUCAAGGGCACCAGAGGGAUUAAAACAGGUCAGUGCCAGAAGGCAGGCGGACUUUGGAAGGGAUUUGCUUGCGAUACGUAUUUCAUUGUCUCCAGAUAUAUCUGCGGAGAAUUGCUCAUGUACAACUUUUUCUCUUCUAAAUAAAUGUUAAACUUUUAACUAAUUUCCUGCAGUGGAUUCUUCUAUCAACCAACUCGGGUGGAUAAGGAAUAUCCUAACAAUUUUGGGGGCUCGUCCGGGAUAGGAGUUUUCCUGCAGGGGGAAUUCGGUCCAAGAGCUUUCACCUGCUGAACACUGCGUACUCCCAGGCCGGCCUCAAAACAAGGUAAGCAGAAACCUGUUACUAAUUCUGCAUAUUGACUAAUCUAAAAUAAGGAGUACGCUGUGGAUUGGUGGUGAAGGAACCAAAUUGAUACAUGAGCAAUUCGCUAAAGUUAAUAUUAAGGAAACCGGUAAAAGUGCACAACAAUAGUACCGGCGAGUACUAUUGGGUUUAGUAGGUACCGGCGAGUACCAAGGGAUCUUCUAUCCGACACAAAUUAAAGGAUCAGGGAUCCUAUUGGGUUUAGUAGGUACCGGCGAGUACUAUUGGGUUUAGUAGGUACCGGCGAGUACCAAGGGAUCUUCUAUCCGACACAAAUUAAAGGAUCAGGGAUCCUAUUGGGUUUGGUGGGUACCGGCGAGUACCAAGGGAUCAAUGAUCUGACACAAAUAAAAGGAUUUUGAAUCCUAGUCUUUGGUUUGGCAACCCCAUCAGUUCCUGACGAGGGCUGAAGUCGCUAGGUGAGUGUCCUGGGGAUUUGAGGACCCCCCGAAAACUGGUCUUUGGUUUGGCAACCCCAUCAGACCCUGACGAGGGCUGAAGUCGCUAGGUGAGUGUCCUGGGGAUUUGAGGACCCCCGAAAACUGGUCUUUGGUUUGGCAACCCCAUCAGACCCUGACGAGGGCUGAAGUAGCUAGGUUGGAGUCCUGGGGAUUUGAGGACCCCCGAAUCCCAGGGUUGGAGUCCCUAGGAGUAAAAGCUCCUUAAAUCCUGGGCUGCAGUCUCUGAGCAGCUCGUGUGUGUGUGUGUGUGUGUGUGUGUGGGUGCAAGCAAGCAGGAGAGUGAAAAAAAAAAAAAAAAAAAAAAAAAAAAGAGGGGAAACUGAGAACAUAGACGGUCCGAGAGGUUAACAUAAACUUUCGGUGUAAUACAUUGAUUCUCGGAAGGUUAAGAUAAACUUCCGUUAUAAUGCAUUGAUUUCGAAGGGUUAAAAUAAACCUUCGUUAGAAUAAAAGAAUUCUGGAAGUAUAACAUAAGUUCUCAGAACAAACGGGGAAGCUUGCUGGAGCUGCGGAGAACAUUUACUGUGUCACACUGAGGUGACCAGCUGUCCGAGCGGGUUAAAGCGAUAUAACUGGGAACUGUUGUUGGAAUGGAAGAUGAAUAUGAUCGGGAAACUGUUGACGGCGGCUGGGGGCCAGCGCCGGGGUAUCGAUGGAAAAUAAUAAACGACCAGCUGAGGCUGUUGUUGGUGGCGGUGGGUGGAGAGACCACCGGGAAAAAGAAGCAUGAGGCUGUGGAGCGCACGGAACGCGCGGUGAGAAAGUUGUUAGAAAAGAAAGGCGUUAGUUUGGCAGACAGGCUGUCACUGGCGCAGAUUUUGUGGGAGAAGGAGAGAGAUUGUAGAGAAGAAAAGAAGGAGCUUGAGUCGAAACGCGAGAAGGCGAGUGUGUUGAAAAAAGGAAAACUUCGUAAAGAGAUGGAGGAUGUGGAGGACAUGAGGUCCGCAUUGUUUUCGUACUGGAUAAAAAGUAAAGCCGUGGGGAGAAAUAACCAGGAACGGUGUAAUGAGGAAAGACCACCGGCAUACGAUGUUGAAAUAAACGGUGUGAAUUCGGCUUCUGCACCUGCUGGGUUGUAUCCUGUAUUAAAUAUAACGGGGGGAGAGUUGGAAGUUGAAGAAAGUGUACCACUGCGGGGUUGUCGGGGCAACGAGGUAACGGGGGAAAGCCGGCCUUUCGAAGCGCGUCAAAAUCGGGAGGGGUUUAAAGAAUGGACGGACUCACGCACUCCGGGGAGAAGGGACAGCUCAGAAGUGCAGCGGAGAAAUAAGGCGGAUAAGGGAAAGUAUUUAGCCGGGGCGAAUGAGCGGGUGAAAACACAAUUGAGAUACGGGGAAUCACCAGACAUGGGGGAGAGAGGAAAAAAAGGCUCUGCCUCGGCUCAGGAGGAGCAAAACGGGGAAUGCGGGGAUAACAGCGACCCAGAGAUUCACGGGGAACCGGGAAAAAUGUAUCCGUUAUUCAUGUCUUCUCGAGGUGUUAAUAAAUACAAGCCGUGGUCGCUGGGAGACGUGGGGAGAUAA